CCCACUCCACAAACUCCCGACGCAAUCAAACCAAACCAAUUUGAAAUUGAAUCACCAAGCCGGUGGUGGCGUGGUGCUGUGCUGCUCCCCUCCCCGCCCCGCUUGCCGUCCCUCCCCUCUCUGAAGACGGCGGCCAUGGAGGAGCUCGCCACGGCGCUGCCACCGCGGCGGCCCCACCGUGAGCGGCGCCACCGGCGGAAGGCGUCGGACGCGGCCGCGGCCGCGCUGGCGGCGCAGGCGGCGUCCUCCUACGGCGACGUGUUCGGCGGCCCCCCGCGGUUCGCGCCGCCCCCGGCCUUCGCCGCGGGGGCGGGGGCGGGGGCGGCGCCGGCGGACUACGUGGAGGUGUUCGGCGGCGUCGCGGCCUCGUGCUCCAUCCCCUACCUCGACCUGCCCCCGGCCGUUGCCGACGGCGCCGGCGCCGGCGCGGGUGCGUACGGCGAGAUCUUCGGCCGCUUCGACUUCGGGGACUUCGCGGCGCCGUACGAGGAGAUGCUCCCUGGGGCGGAGUGCUUGGCGGAGGAGAUCGCGUCGCCGAGCGGGAGCUCCAGAUCAUCAAUCAGGAAAGAAUCUGGCCAGUUGGAUGCUGAGCCUUCUAUAAUCUAUCAACAGUAUGCAGAUACUGGUUGCAACCAACACUUUGAUGAGGAGCAAGUUUAUCCAGUCUCAUUUCCUCCAGAUGGUGAGCAAAGGUUCAACAUGUCAUAUAACAAGGCCACCAGGGGAAGACCAGAUGAUCUUGUUGAAAUGACUACUUGCAUAGUGGAACCUUCAAUUAGCUAUGUGGUUGACUCUUGCAAUUUGUCAAAUGAUUCAGAAAUGGAUAAUGUCCCAGUAAUGGACAGUAGUACACAUGCUAAUGGUGUGAAACAUAAGAUGAGUCCACAGAACGUUGUAGCCGUCAGCCUGAAUAGUGCUAAUAGUGCUUCUGUAGUUGAUCAGCAGCCGCAUAUCCCAACAUGCCCCCACAUCUCUGAAAAUAUUUGUGAGGAAGAAAGCUUUAACAAGAGGUCUAGCACCCAUUCAAUGUCAAGCGAGGAAGCACCUUCCCCUAGUGGUGUGGAAGAGAAGAUGAGCCCACCGAACGUUGUAGCUGUCAGCCUGAAGAGUGCUUCUAUAAUUGAUCAGCCGCCGCUGCAUAUCCCAACAUGCCCCCCUAUCUCUGAAAAUAUUUGUGAGGAAGAAAGUUUUAACAAGAGGUCUAGCACCCAUUCAGUGUCAAGUGAGGAAGCACCUUCCCCUGAUUAUCCAUUCUUAAGGAUAUCUGACAUCAGCCUUCCAGCAGCGCCAAUCAAAGUACAGCCACCACCAAUGCCAUCAUUUAAAUUGCUUAACAAAAAGGGAAACAAAGAACACGGAGAUGCUGAUGUCAAUCCUAACUCAGCUGCUGCUGCCAUGAAGGAAGCAAUGGAAUUUGCUGAAGCCAGAUUAAAAGCUGCAAAAGACUUGAUGGAGACAAAAGGUGACAGCUUUAAAUUCCGGAAGAGGCCAGCCCAUCACAGGAGUGCAAAAUCAACUGAAAUUAAGGAAUGCAAGGCAUCUGAUGAAGUGCAUCUAUUUGAAGAAGAUCUGAACAUCAGAAGAUUGGGAAAAGAGGAAAAUCAAAACACUGAUAUAGCUUCGCUGGACAAGGACAGGGGUGCUGGUGCAUUUAAGCCUGGCCACGGUGAUCAUGGCAAAAAGGGGGUUAUAUCACCAGGGAAGCCUCAUGAGAUGAUUCAAAAUGGCAGUGAACUAGAACAAUUAGGAAAGUGGACAUCAGAUGCUGAAUUUUAUGAACUAGUAAGCAAUGAUCAGAGAUGCAGACCUAUUGAAGCGGCAUGCCAUGUUAACAAUGAUCUGCUGACUAAUUCCUUCACCAAGCUCGAUCAGUCUGAGAAAGAAAAGGCAGAGGGUUUUGCAGGUGAACCGAAAAGGUCUAGGAAGUUAUGGAGCAGUAACAAUACAACAGAUCUGAGAAUGGAUCAUGUAAAACAGGGAAAAGAUGGUGUAGCUUCUAUGGAGGCUGAACAAAAGGCUCCUAGGUUGCCAGAAGUUCCUUUUUGUGCUGAAAGGGUGGCAUACCAAGAGCCAACAGAAGGAGAUAAUUGUGUAUUGACAAAUUCUUCCGCAAAGCUUGACCAGUCUGAUAAAGAAAAGGCAGGGGGUUUUGCGGGUGAGCCUAAAAGGUCUAGAAAAUUGUGGGGAAGUAACAGUACAACAGGUCUGAGGACGGAACCUGUAAUUCAGGGAAAAGAUGGUAUACCUUCUGUGGAGGCUGAACAAAAGGCUCCUAGGUUGCCAGAAGUUCCUUUUUGUGAUGCAAGGGUGACGUACCAACAACCAACCAAAGGAGAUAAUAGUCUGGUGACAGAUUCUUCUGCCAAAUUCGAUCAGGUUGAUAAAGAAAAGGCAGGGGGUUUUGCAGGUGAGCCGAAAAGGUCUAGAAAAUUGUGGGGCAGUAACAAUACAACAGGUAUGAGGAUGGAACCUGUAAAUCAGGGAAAAUAUGGUAUAGCUUCCGUGGAGGCUGAACAAAAGGCUCCUUGGUCAUCAGAAGUUCCUUUUUGUGAUGAAAGGGUGACAUACCAAGAGCCAACCAAUUCUCAUUUGAAACAAUGUCCAGGGGUCGGGGAUUCUCAAGGCCGCAGUAAUGAUGGGCUAUUUGAGAUUUUAUGCAUGAAUAGUUUACCUACAGAGGUCCGAGCCGACCCAGAAAUUUCCAGUUCCUUUUUGGAGCCUUGUUUACCUGGAGGGCAUGCCAAUGAUGAUGAAAAUUAUUCUGAUGGCAGAGCUCAGGAAACUCCAUUGGUAGGGAACUCUAACCAUGACGACAACAAUAAAGAGGGACUUGAGCUUCCAUACACUGAUGAGUUGCCAUGUACUUUAGCAAGGAAUCAUGUUUUACAGGAACUUCCUAAUGUUCCUAAUACUGAUGAAAUCAAUGAAGGUUUAGUGAAAAUAUCAAAAUUAGAAGAGUCCCCCAAACUGCAUGAAAUUUUCGAGAAAGAAAAGCUAUUCGGUUUUGUUGAUGAAGCAUGCCUAUCGAAUGAAAAUGAAAGAGCAGAUGAAGUAGCUUCAGAAUCACUCAUCCAUGAAGAGAUGACAAAAUAUGGGAUUGAGGAGAAAGCAGAUGUACAUGAAUAUUUUCAGGAGGGAGAUGUGGAUCAGGUAGCUGAAUCUCCUGAAGAGGAAGGUUAUGUUACUUCGGGAAGUGGUAUUGCUAAUGAUAGCGAAUAUGAUGAAGCAGAAGUCGAUGUAUUUGUGGGUGACAGCAAAUUGAUGGAAUCCAAUGUGAGAACAUGUAGUAAUUGUGACAAAGAUCCAUAUCAGUUCCAAGAAUCACAUGGGUCAUGGGGACCCCUAGAUUUGGAGAACAACAUGGACAGAGUUGAGGAUAUCAUAUCUCAUGGUGAGGAAAAAGAGGCACAAAAAUCCUCACCAGAGAAUGUUGACAAGAUACUGGUGGAAGAAGUAAUAAACCGUGACAGUAGGGAAGGUCAGAAAUCCAUGGAAACAGGUGUCUACAAAAGACCGAACGGUGUAUCUGCAGAAGUUAAUAUAAGGAGUGACAUAGAUGAUAAUCCAUUUGAUUCUGUGAAUGAAUUUAUUACUGAUGACGGUAGUGAUUAUGCCAUGAAGAUGGGCACAUUGUCAAAUAAUCUGCAGUCUUCUUUUUCAGAAGCAUACUCCGGCAUGAAGCACUCGUCUCAAAAUACGGAGUCUGUUUCUGCCAAGAAGGCUGAUGUUCUCAAAAAUCCUGAAGUGAAUUGCAGAGAAGCAGAUAGAGAGAUUCCAACUGAAAUUUUAACAACAUUAGAAGAGGGGCAAAAUACUGGAAGCGAAAUGGAAGAAAGGGAUAAGGCUGCAGAAGAUACUGCAUCAGAAACUGUUCUAAAAUCAAGAGAAGAAAAACUUGAUCUUCAGAGAACUAAAGCAAGGAAUGACGUAAAAGAGACUGAAGGAGAAAUUGAGAAGGAGGUCCUCAUAACUCUUGACAAAGAUAAAGAAAAAGAAUGUAAACUGGAAAAAGAAAAGGAGCAAGAUAAAGAGAGACGGAGAAGAGAGUUAGAAGAAGAGAAGGAACGGGAAAUGGAGCGAGCAAAAGAUAGGCUUGCUGUUCAGAGAGCUACUAGAGAAGCACAUGAGAGGGCAUUUGCAGAGGUUCGUGCUAAGGCUGAUAGAAUAGCAUUAGAAAGGAUUACCUCAGCACGACAACGAGCAUCUACAGAAGCUUAUGAGAAAGAAGAAAAGGCAACUGCUCAGGCAGCUCUUGAGAAGGCUUCAAGAGAAGCUAGACUGAAAGCUGAGCGUGCAGCAGUUGAGAGAGCAACUGCUGAAGCUCGGGAGAGGGCAAUUGAAAAGGCAAAGGCUGCUGCAGAUGCAAAGGAGCGAAUGGAGAGGUUCAGGUCUUCUUUCAAAGAAAGUUUUAAGGCACCUAAUCAGGAUAAUCAACACGAGGCACAAUUUCAGAAGACAGCUUCAAAUAAUCACGGAAAAAGCACAGAUAUUGAAGUAGUUGAGGUUGAGUCAGCUCUAAGACAUAAAGCAAAAUUGGAGAGGCAUCAACGCACAGCUGAGCGAGCGGCUAAAGCCCUUGCUGAAAAGAACAUGCGGGACAUGCUGGCUCAGAGGGAGCAGGCAGAGAAACAUAGAUUGGCUGAAUUCCUUGAUCCUGAAGUCAAGAGAUGGUCAAAUGGAAAAGAAGGAAACCUGCGAGCAUUGCUGUCCACAUUGCAAUAUAUACUUGGUUCAGACAGUGGUUGGCAGCCAGUUCCCCUCACAGACCUUAUUACAGCUGCCGGUGUCAAGAAGGCAUACAGGAAGGCAACCCUUUGUGUCCAUCCAGAUAAAGUACAACAAAGAGGUGCUACAAUCAGGCAGAAAUACAUUUGUGAGAAGGUGUUUGAUCUUCUUAAGGAAGCCUGGAAUAAGUACAAUUCCGAAGAGCGCUAAGAUAGCUGUAGAGGAUGUCUUCUGGUUAUCUCUUACCCAUAUCAAUUCAGUAGCUCCCCCCCAAAAAAGGAAAAUCAAUUUUACAGCAUCUGUUGUGUCUCGUAUCUCUUACGAUGAACAUAGUAUUAGAUCAAAGCCGCUAGAGUACUGCUUUGAGGAACUGAUGUGUUUUGAGUUUUUUUUUGGCGGUGGCAAGUUUAUAUCGAAACCUUUA